CAGAAAGCUGUCUUUCAAGUACUUUUUCUCGAACAAAAUGCACAUCCAGUUCUAUGUGCUUUGACCGAGCGUGAUAAACUGGGUUAGAGGCGAGUGCUGCUGCGCUAAGGUUAUCACACCACGCAAUCGAUGGUUCUCGAAGGUGAAGCCUGAGUUCUUGAGUGAACGAUUGAAUCCACGAUAGUUCAGAAGCUAGAUCUACCAGUGCUUUGUACUCAAACUCAGCGCUCGAUCGAGAGACUACACGCUGUUUCUUUGCUGACCAGGAAAUAAGGGUGUCGCCGAAGAAGACACAGAAUCCGCCUACUGAUCUACGAUCAUCAGGGCAUACGACCCAAUCAGCAUCGGAAAAGCCCUGCAAGGUAAGAUGGAGCAGGUGUGAGAACACCUUGUAUUGACUUGGAGGAGGAUGUAGUGGAUAGUCGUGAAUCAAGAGGAGUUGCAGCAGUAGCUGAACUUGCAUCCAUGUCAUUAGAAGAAGACAAAGGAGUAGUGUCAUUGGCGCACUUCCUUUGAACAGAAGCUAGACUUUGUUUGAAAAAGGCUCUUGGAUGAACGAUUUGCUCUUCAGUUCAGCUUUCAACAUAAGCACUCUGGCUUUGGUUUGUGCUCCAGCUUGUUAUCGUGCAGCUUCCCACAGUCCAGCAGAGGUUGAUACGCUGGUCAUUUGUGAAGAAAUCUCCAAGGUCAUGGUAUUUAACAGCCAACCAAACAGAAGUUGGUCAGCAGCUACCCAGUCCUCAAAAUCUGGGUUGAUUGUUGCAGCAUCUUUAUCCAUAAUAAAUUGCUGCGGACACUUGGUUGUUCCAUUGAGGAACCCUUCAAGUUUAUGCCCUUUGAUAAUGGGCAGCACGUGCAUCUGCCAGGUGAGGAAGUUUGUGCCAUCCAGCUUGAUAGCACAAGGCUGAUUCAUGCCAUUAGAACCUCCUAAUCCCUUGGGUAAAUUGUUCGCUGAAGCAAGAGACAGAGACCCAGUGCCUGUAGAUGCAGAUGAGGUGUGUGGAGUGUGUGGUGAAGCUUCAGCCAUGGUUGUCAACCUUCAUGCUCUGAUACCAAGACAAGAAGUAGAGUAUUUGUAAUGGUGGCUUAGUCCCUUUUGUAUUACUUUAUUGAUAUAUAUAUAGGGUAUGUACAGAACCCUAGAAAUAAAGUGAUCAAAAAAAGUUUCAAACCUAUUUACACACUGUAACCUAAAUACAAUUAGUCUGGACCAGCUGUAAUGGGCAGCACGGUAUUGGGCUUAUUAAUAUUAGAGUGAGCCCAAUAAAUAUUGGGCUUAGAGUGUUGUUUA